AUGGGGAAGGGCAAGGUGCAUCCCUCGCCGUCGCCGGCGGCGGCGGCCGCGGGCGGCGGAGCCGGAGAGAUGACGACUGCGGAGGCGGUGCUGAUGCGGCUGCUGCCCGCGGCGGUGCUCGCGGCCGCGGCGCCGCUCGGGGCCGAGGGGAAGGAGGUGCUGGCGUACCUGGUGCUGGCGUCGCUGCGGUCCUCGGCACCGCCUACGCCGACGCCUGCGCGCGGCGGGGACGGGAAGGCGGCGGGGGAGCACCACCGGCCGGAGCUCGGGUGCGGCUGCUUCGGGUGCUACACGGCGUACUGGUCCCGCUGGGACGGGUCCCCGGAGGGCGACCGCGAGGCCAUCCACCGCGCCAUCGAGGCGUUCGAGGAGCACCUGGCGGAGGAGGAGAGGGACCGCGGCGGCGGCAAGGGAGGCGGGGGCCGACGCGGCCGGAAGAAGCGCGCCGGCGCAGCUGCUAAGGACGCCGUCGCCGCCGCCAAGGAGAAGGCCAAGGGGAAGGGGAAGGAGAAGGAGGUCGGCGUCGAUUCCCUCCCGCCGCUUCCGCUGCUGCAUCCCGCGGCCGAUCUCCCUGCCCCGGAGGAAGCGCCGAAGAUGGAGGACGGUGCGGAGUACCUGACGGCGGAGGAUGAGAAGGCGGAGGCUUCGACCGCGGCCGCCGGCGGUGACGACGAGAAGCGGCGGCGCGGGUGGGGCUCCGUCCUCAGCUGGAAGGCGUGGGGCCUCUGGGGGUCCCACUAG